AUAGGAGGCUGUCUUUCGUCCGGCUGGGAUUCAGCUGAAUCCUGCAGCUCUCCUGGACAGCAGGGUCAGAUUCCGGGAGCUGGGAAAAAAGUCGCAGGGUGGAGGAUCUGGAAAUUCCUACACUCAGAGAGAAAGACUCCCGGUAAACAAACUGGGAGAGUAUGAGGAAAGAAAGAAGGAGGGGGGAGAGAGCGGGGGAUUCUCCGAAACCACCCACGUGGGAUCACCAGCGUCUAGUGAGCGCUAAGCCAAUGAGCGUAGAGUACGGGGGAUCUUUUUACAGCCGCGGACCAAUCAGAAAACGAGCGGCUGGGCGGGGUAACGCCCCCUGUGCGGAGCGGGUAUAAAGCAGAGAGCGACUCUAGUCCGGGCAGCAGAGAUCUUUCUUCUAACACACGCUCACAUCACGGACCAAUCUCACAGUUUGUGAACUCUCAUUACGGACUCUGGAAGGAUCUUUGUACCGAUCUGGAUUAUCACUUGUUUGGACUUUAGUCCGGGAUAUUAACAGGACAGCAGCCUACUCGCGCUGUGGAUAUUUCUUCUUAUCCUGGAUUUUGUGGAUUAUUUUACUGACUUCAACAUGACUCUGGAAGAGGUCGUCGGAUCUAACAGUGCCGAGAAAAAGAUGGAGACUGUGAGUCAGGCUCUGGAGGAGUUACUGGUAGCAACUCAGAAGCAGGAUUGUCUCACUGUGGGAGUCUACGAGUCCGCAAAGCUCAUGAAUGUUGACCCAGACAGUGUUGUCCUGUGCGUCCUCGCCACUGAUGAGGAAGAUGAAGAUGACAUCGCGCUGCAGAUUCACUUCACGCUGCUGCAAGCUUUCUGCUGCGACAACGAUAUCAACAUCCUGCGGGUGUCUGGCAUGAGGCGUCUCGCUCAGGUGCUCGAGGAAGACACCAAGGACAGCAACGGCAACGAGCCGAGAGACCUGCACUGCAUCCUGGUCACUAACCCUCCCGUGCAGCCUUUGCAGAGCAGUGCCCUGCAGAGCAUCAGCAGCUUCUGCGAGGAGAGCCGCUGCAGGAACCAGUGGGUUCCCUGCCUGGAUCUGCAGGACCGCUGAGCCGAACCGGGCCGAACCAAACCGUGUCAGACCGCUGUGGAGCGGUGAGAAGGAGUGGAAACAGUCCAAACAGCCUGCCUCUACUGAAGAGGAUUAACGGCGUUUGAGUUGAGAGAUGGGCCGAACCGAGCCAAGCCGAGCCGGGCCUGCCCGUUAGCUGAAUGGGGAUUGAGUUAACCGGGGACGCGUGAGAUGCUGGCAGGUGCCGGACGGGUUCUGAAACCGGACCAGAAGUCCCGCUUUAGGAGUAUGCAGGAGGGCCCAGGCCCUGGAGCUGCAGAAAGGGAGAGAACUGUCUUCGUGACUGACCGGCAGCAGCUGGAUGUCACGUGACUGAACUGAACUGAACUGACUGAUGUUAAAGUGAAUUGAAGAGCAGCACGUGAAGUUCUGGAGCAGCUGAAGCACAGGCUGCUACUCAUGAACUGAGUUGAAGUUACAGGACGUGAGACGUCACGUUUAGUAUUUCCUGUUAUUGAUGACGUAAUGGAUUACAUAGUGUCGUGAAGCUGAUAAUUUAAAGGAGCAGAGUAAUAUAUGAGUGAACCCACCUGUUAUUUAAUGUGAUCAAUAAAUUAUUGAACGAA